AUGUCGCUCAACGCAUCAACGGACUCCUGGGUUCGCUCCUACGAGCACCUGCAGCACCUCCCGCGCGCAGACGAGGCGCUCGACCUGCUCAAGCGCAUCGCGUCGCUCGUGAAGCCCAUCAUGCGCAAGCACGCGUGGAUGCUGCCGACGCUCGCGGAGUUUUUCCUGAUCAGACGAAUUUGCUCGAAGAUCCUCAUCAGGCUGCGCCCGCACUACGAUAGCGCGGCCUUCAUACCCGAAGAAGAGCUCCUCGGCACGAUGCUCCACGAGCUAACGCACAACGUCCACGGCCCGCACGACGCGCACUUCUACGCCUUCCUCGACACGCUCCGGGACGAGCUGUACGAGCUCCGCCGGCGGGGGUACGCCGGCGAGGGCUUUUUCUCGCCUGGACGGAGGCUCGGGGGCUCGGGUGGACUGUCGCAUGAUGUGCCGGAGCAUGUUAAGCGGCUGCGCGCGGUUGAGGCGAGGCGGGGGAUGCAGGGUGUUCUGGGCGGAGGAGGUGGAGGGGCGAGGUUGGGCGGGGGAAGUCUGGCCGGUAUAGGACUCUCGCCUAAAGAAGCCGCCGCACUCGUACGUCCUUUCCCCCUCUUCCCCAUCCCACUCCAAACUAACAAACCGUCCCUGCGCACGUAG